GGGGGUUUGAACUGGCCAAUGGGCGAGCUGCCGACCGGGUGUCGGAAAAGGAGGCGGAAGAGGGGAGGAGCCGCCGCCGGACUGCAUCCGCCGCGGCGUCUCCAUGGCACGACCCUGGCCUCCGACUUCAACGACUUCAUAAGGAGACGGUUCUGGGCGCAGCCGUGCCGCUCUUGGUUUCCAUCGUGUGGGAAGAACGGAGUAACGAGUCUCACACAGAAAAAGGUCUUGAGAACACCUUGUGGCGCACCCAGCGUAACUGUGACGAAAUCUCAUAAGCGCGGAAUGAAAGGGGACACCGUGAAUGUACGGCGGAGUGUCCGGGUGAAAACCAAGGUACCUUGGAUGCCCCCUGGAAAAUCAUCUGCCCGUCAUGUGGGAUGCAAGUGGGAGACUCCACCUCACUGUCUGGAGAUCACACCACCAUCUUCAGAAAAGCUGGUCUCGGUGAUGCGAUUAAGUGACCUCUCUACAGAAGACGACGAUUCAGGUCACUGUAAAAUGAACCAUUACGAUAAGAAGAUUGACAGUCUAAUGAAUGCGGUCGGUUGUCUCAAAUCUGAGGUCAAGAUGCAGAAAGGCGAACGUCAGAUGGCCAAAAGGUUCCUAGAGGAGCGGAAGGAAGAGCUGGAGGAGGUUGCUCAUGAGCUGGCAGAGACGGAGCAUGAAAACACAGUGCUCAGACACAACAUUGAGCGCAUCAAAGAGGAGAAGGACUUCACCAUGCUUCAGAAGAAACACCUCCAGCAGGAGAAGGAGUGCCUCAUGUCCAAAUUGGUAGAAGCUGAAAUGGACGGAGCAGCUGCUGCCAAGCAAGUCAUGGCCUUGAAGGAUACCAUCGGGAAGCUAAAAACCGAGAAACAGAUGACUUGCACCGACAUCAACACCUUGACGAGGCAGAAGGAACUUCUCCUGCAGAAGCUGAGCACCUUUGAGGAGACCAACCGCACCCUCCGAGAUCUGCUGAGGGAACAGCACUGCAAAGAGGAUUCCGAGAGACUAAUGGAGCAACAAGGUGCAUUACUGAAACGUCUGGCAGAGGCAGACUCAGAGAAAGCGCGCCUGCUGUUACUGCUGCAAGACAAGGACAAGGAGGUGGAAGAGCUCCUCCAGGAGAUACAAUGUGAGAAGGCUCAAGCAAAGACAGCAUCUGAGCUCUCCAAGUCCAUGGAGUCCAUGCGCGGGCAUCUACAGGCACAGCUCCGCUGCAAAGAGGCUGAGAACAGUCGCCUGUGCAUGCAGAUCAAGAACUUGGAGCGCAGUGGGAACCAGCACAAGGCGGAAGUGGAGGCCAUCAUGGAGCAGCUAAAGGAACUGAAGCAAAAGGGAGACCGAGACAAAGAGACCCUGAAGAAGGCCAUCCGAGCCCAGAAGGAGCGAGCGGAGAAGAGUGAGGAGUAUGCCGAGCAGUUACACGUGCAGCUUGCUGACAAGGACCUUUAUGUCGCUGAAGCUUUAUCUACCCUGGAGUCAUGGAGGAGCCGCUACAACCAGGUGGUGAAAGACAAAGGAGACCUCGAGUUGGAAAUUAUCGUCUUGAACGACCGGGUGACAGAUCUUGUAAACCAACAACAAAGCUUGGAGGAGAAGAUGCGGGAAGACCGGGACAGCCUUGUGGAGAGACUGCACCGGCAGACUGCCGAGUAUUCUGCAUUCAAGCUAGAGAACGAGAGGCUCAAGGCUAGCUUCGCCCCUAUGGAGGACAAACUCAACCAGGCUCAUCUGGAGGUCCAGCAGCUGAAGGCAUCGGUGAAGAACUACGAGGGGAUGAUCGACAACUAUAAGAGCCAGGUGAUGAAAACCAGAUUGGAGGCUGAUGAAGUGGCUGCCCAGCUAGAGCGCUGCGACAAAGAGAACAAGAUGCUUAAAGAUGAGAUGAACAAAGAGAUUGAGGCGGCCCGCCGGCAGUUCCAGUCGCAGCUGGCUGACCUGCAACAGCUGCCUGACAUCCUCAAGAUCACAGAGGCCAAGUUGGCUGAGUGCCAAGACCAGCUGCAGGGCUACGAGAGGAAGAAUAUCGACCUCACAGCCAUCAUUUCAGACCUGCGCAGCCGGAUCGAGCACCAGGGGGACAAGCUGGAGGUGGCGAGAGAGAAACAUCAGACUUCCCAGAAGGAAAAUAAACAACUGAGUCUGAAGGUGGAUGAACUGGAGAGGAAAUUGGAGGCCACCAGCGCCCAGAAUGUCGAGUUCCUACAGGUGAUUGCCAAGAGGGAGGAGGCAAUUCACCAGGCUCAGCUGCGGCUGGAGGAGAAAACGAGGGAGUGUGGAUCCUUGGCGAGGCAGCUGGAGAGUGCCAUCGAAGACGCCAGGCGGCAGGUGGAGCAAACCAGGGAGCAGGCUCUCUCCAAGGAGCGGGCAGCCCAGAGCAAAAUCCUGGACCUUGAGACCCAGCUGAGUAGGACCAAGACGGAACUUGGCCAACUGCGGCGGACUCGUGAUGAUGCGGAUCGUCGCUACCAGAGCCGGCUGCAGGACCUGAAGGACCGCCUGGGGCAGUCUGAGAGCACCAACCGCAGCAUGCAGAACUACGUCCAGUUCCUCAAGUCAUCCUACGCCCACGUGUUUGGGGAUGGCCCCUAUACAUCCUCUUACCUGACAAGCUCACCCAUCCGCUCCCGCUCUCCCCCUGCCUGAGGCCACCUGUCCAGGGGGUACAGCCAGCCCUUGCCUGAUGCCAGGGAACUGAGGAGCUGCCAUCCUGUAGCUGGCCAGCCCACUGGCUUUCUCUUCAGGUGACCAAAUGUGCUCAGGGUCUGUUCCUCAACUCCUAAUGGCAGGAGAGUCCCUAGAGCAGCUGGGGAUGAAUCAGGAAGAGGAUGGUUCUCUUUCCUGAUCCUGUGAGCCUGGUGGAAUUUUUCAGUGACCUUCACAGGCCUUCUAUUUGCUACACUAGGUACCAGAUUUUUAAAUCCCUGCUUCCUUUCCUCAGGGACUGUUGGGCUGGGCUUCCCCCUGCAGUCUCCUCCAACCCUCUUACAGUGCAUCCAUGUCUUGGGUUUCUCGGAGCUGAAGCAACAGGAGUCCUCUUGGACUA